AUGGUCAAGAGUGGUGUUGGGAGUACCAUCACUCCAAUCUCCCCCACCUCCGAUGGUAUAUGCACUUCUCGCAGACCGAUCGCUCUGAGUGGCAAAGCGAAAAGUUAUCCAAAGAAAAUUCAAGAAGUCACGCGCAGAUAUAGCCGACGCCAAUUACUGGAGAAUGACGUCGUGUCACGCAACAUUCGAGAUCUCGAGCCGCUCAGAUUAGUUUCUUCUCGUUCAAUAACAGUCAAGCACGCGCGACCAGCCGAGGCGUCUCGAGUUCGUGUAUCGGUUGGUAUUUUUCUACUUUACUUGGCGCUCGCUAUCACGUCCGCACCACUUUUUGACGGGUCCAUCGACGCGGAACAAGUGACGGACGAUAUUGGUAUCAUCGUUAAAAAGAAUGCUUCGUUCGCUCCUGCUUAUUUCUUGGGUACCGGAUUCCUUAACGCAUAUGUCGAAGCCAUGAACAGCAAUUUUACAGCCGUCUCGUGGUAUCCGCAGAAGGAGAACAAGCCAACAAGUUUUCUGAAUUUCACGUUUCUGGACCAAUCCACUUUCUCGAAUGGAGCGUGUUCUAUCUUGGAUUUGGACGGACCUGAAUGCAUUCUAAUGACGGGACAUCAAGGCGGCGUGAGUGCCUAUGGACUCUGUCGGAAUGGCUCCGAGUUUGUGAGUGUGCAAUAUGUUCAAGUGCUGGUGACUCCAGCCGAUAUCGGUGGACUUGUGGCUUCAGGCACAUGGGUAGAAAAUGGUCGAGAAAGUGUUUUCGUUGGACUGAAAGAACCUCCAACUUGUGUCAACGGGAAUAAACUCCAGCUAUUUCCCGAUCUUAGCGAUAUUAGAGGUAUGUCAGGAGCUUUUGUUCCCGCGAAUAAAGGCCCAACGACGCAAUGGUUCGAUCUUAUGGAUCUCCCGACUUCAGUACGAGAGCGGAUGUUCUACCUCGUAGCUAAGCAAGGCACGGGUCAAGGACUGACUAUUCCGUCUAAGAAGAGACAGAGCUUUGACAAAAUUAUCGCGACAAACACCUUUGGCUCCACACUUGCUGAUAAAUUGGAGAUCGCUACCCCUUAUAAACACAGCAAAUACGUGAAUGUAAUCCUAUAUCGGAUUGCAGGGGCAUCGAUCACCUUACCAAGACUACAAUUUACUUUCGCAGUGGCAGCUCAAGCACUAGCAUUACUGGUGUUCAUGAUCUUUAUCAACGCGUGCAACGGAGCGUUGAAUACGUACCAUUUGGUGCAACAACUUUUACGGCUGCCGACGUUCUGUAUUAUCGCACUUCAGCUCGUGUACGUGUUGUAUUAUCAAGUCUUUGACAUCAUGUACCUCUGUGGGAACAGCAACAGCGCACUUCGAGCUAUAUAUGAUAAGAAAAUUGUGUACGUGGCCGGUGUGAGCUUCAUUCUUCUGCAUCAACUGGAUGUCCGUGCAGCGGUGACUUUGUGGCCAAAAAUGGCCAACAACGACGCCUUUUAUUUCUCCAGAAUGACGUGGAUGAUCGGGUCCUUAUCUAUCUUUUUGUGGAGUCUUACAAAGGGAGACCCACCUCAUUAUAUGGUGACUUCAUCAUCCUCGUGCCCACAGAACGCAAGUGAGUGCAACGUGGCCGUCAACGCCUUGACGCAGCAUUAUGUGGGCUUAGUAAUCUUCCUAGUGCACCCGAUUGCGUACGGGCUAAUCCAGAUUGUGCAGUAUCGCCAAUACCGACACGAGUACGAACCUGUUGAUAAACGGGCACCGGAUCAAAUGACUUCAUUUGAGGGUUACGGCUGUGGAGGUCCAUUAGGCAACUACUACUACUACAACACACUGGUUACUCAGGCACGAGAAGAUGGCACGACACUAUUCCUCACGUGCUCUAAAGCUGUACGUGAUGAAGGUUUCGUGUUGCUCGGUGGGAGUGACGUUCUCAUUCGAGCGAAAGAUCUGUAUAUCAUCAUGGGGAUGAAGUUGUUUACCGAGAAGAUGGCUUGCACAAUUAACUUGUCGGUAGUGCUGGCUCACAUUGUGGACGGCCACUUGACACCGAUGCGCAGGGUAAGCUACAUAGCACUUUACUUCGUGUCGAGACGCUGGGACGGUCGUAUCUCGUACCCAGAUAUCAGUUAG